UCCUCGUUGGUAGAGCUGGAUCAAGAGUACACGGCGGACAAUAUCUGAAGUCUAUGGAAUCUAGACUUUCGCUCUUUAUGAUUUUUCAAAAUGGAAAUAUUAUUUUCAGUACGUUUUUAAGAAGAUCUUUUUUAGGAAGCGGUCUUAAAAUAAGAAAUAUCUAAACCAAGAAAUAGAACAUUUGGAAUUCGGAAAGCAUAAAGCUAUCGAUACCUCAAUAAAGGUGAAAAAAAAAAACCAGGAGUACUUUUUUAAAACCGACUCAGAAGACCGCUUUCACUAAAUGCCGGAUGUAAACAGGGUUUUAAGUAACCAGAUCAAUGGCUGUGUAACAAGAGAAUUCACAGUUGCUGUAAAACGCUCGGGACUAGCUACUUAUUUAGCUGGUGAAAUUACGGGUUAAAACCCUGUCGGAUUUGAAUCGGUAGUAAAUGCACAUUCUAUACUAGAGCUGCGUUAAAUAAUGUUGGAGUAUUAUCUGGGAGGACAUUGUACAGAAUGAUACAGCGUGUUGUCUUCUUAAUGGUAGAGGACAUUGCACUUGGCUAGCCAGCGCGGAGAGCUGAGUGUCAGCGAGCGAGCGAGCGCCGUCAAAUUCAUGCACAAGGCAUAAGUCAUUGUUAUCCUUUCUUCGCAUAUUGGUGGAGGAUUUAAAAUACCUUUUUGAUGAUUCGAGACUUGAGCAAGAUGUACCCACAGGCACGGCAUCCGGCACCGCACCAACCCGCCCAACCCUUCAAAUUCACCAUAUCAGAGUCGUGCGACCGCAUCAAAGAGGAGUUCCAGUUCUUGCAGGCGCAGUAUCACAGUCUGAAGCUGGAGUGUGAGAAGCUGGCGGGGGAGAAGACUGAGAUGCAGCGCCACUAUGUGAUGUAUUACGAGAUGUCAUAUGGACUCAACAUAGAAAUGCACAAACAGGCGGAGAUCGUGAAACGGCUCAAUGCCAUCUGUGCGCAGGUGAUCCCCUUCCUGUCACAGGAGCACCAGCAGCAGGUAGUUCAGGCCGUGGAGAGGGCAAAGCAGGUGACCAUGGCUGAGCUCAACGCCAUUAUCGGGCAGCAGCAGCUCCAGGCCCAGCAUCUCUCUCACGGCCACGCCCUCCCCGUCCCGCUGACGCCGCACCCCGCCGGCCUGCAGCCGCCCAGCCUCCCGCCCGUAGGGGGCAGCGCCGGGCUCCUCGCCCUCUCCAGCGCCCUGGGAGGCCACCCCCAGCUGCCCAUCAAAGACGAGAAGAAACACCACGACAACGACCACCAAAGAGCAGACAGAGAUUCCAUCAAGAGCUCUUCGGUGUCCCCGUCGGCCAGCUUCAGGACGGCAGACAAGCACAGGAACUCCACCGACUACUCCUCCGAAAGCAAGAAGCAGAAAACCGACGACAAGGACCUGGCCACACGCUAUGACAGCGAUGGGGAGAAGAGCGAUGACAACCUGGUGGUGGACGUUUCCAACGAGGACCCCGCCUCACCGCGGGGAAGCCCCGCCCACUCCCCUCGGGAAAAUGGAUUGGACAAGAACAGGCUGCUAAAGAAGGACCCUCCCAUUAGCCCCGCCUCUAUCGCCUCCUCCAGUAGCACGCCCUCCUCCAAAUCCAAAGAGCUUAAUCUGAAUGAGAAGUCCACCACUCCAGUGUCUAAGUCCAGCACUCCCACCCCACGCUCUGACGCCCCCACCCCCGGCAGCAACUCCACCCCCAGCCUGAGGGCCCUGCCUGGGAAACCGCCCGGAGUGGAGUCCCUGGUUCCAGGUCUCCGCACCCCGAUGGCGGUUCCCUGUCCGUACCCCGGGCCGUUUGGCAUGGUGCCCCACGCCGGAAUGAACGGGGACCUGACCAGCCCAGGCGCCGCCUACGCCAGCCUCCACAACAUCUCCCCUCAGAUGAGCGCUGCUGCUGCAGCUGCUGCCGCCGCCGCUGCCUACGGACGCUCGCAAGUGGUCGGGUUCGAUCCACACCACCACAUGCGUGUUCCCGGGAUCCCGCCAAACCUCUCUGGAAUUCCGGGUGGAAAACCGGCGUACUCCUUCCACGUGAGCGCAGACGGGCAGAUGCAGCCGGUGCCCUUCCCUCCGGACGCUCUGAUUGGCCCGGGGAUCCCGCGCCACGCCCGGCAGAUCAACACGCUGAGCCACGGGGAGGUGGUGUGCGCCGUCACCAUCAGCAACCCCACCCGCCACGUCUACACCGGCGGCAAGGGCUGCGUCAAAGUGUGGGACAUCAGUCACCCUGGCAACAAGAGCCCCGUGUCCCAGCUCGACUGCCUGAACAGGGAUAACUACAUCCGCUCCUGUCGGCUGCUUCCAGACGGGCGCACUCUAAUCGUGGGGGGGGAGGCCAGCACGCUGUCCAUCUGGGACCUGGCCGCCCCCCCCCGGAUCAAGGCGGAGCUCACCUCCUCCGCCCCCGCCUGCUACGCCCUCGCCAUCAGCCCCGACUCCAAGGUCUGCUUCUCCUGCUGCAGCGACGGCAACAUCGCCGUGUGGGACCUGCACAACCAGACGCUGGUCAGGCAGUUCCAGGGUCACACGGAUGCCAGCUGUAUUGAUAUUUCUAAUGACGGCACUAAGCUGUGGACGGGAGGUCUGGACAACACUGUGAGGUCCUACCUGCGAGAGGGUCGGCAGCUCCAACAGCAUGACUUCACCUCUCAGAUCUUCUCCCUGGGGUACUGUCCCACUGGAGAGUGGCUUGCUGUGGGAAUGGAGAACAGCAACGUGGAGGUUCUGCACGUCACCAAACCCGACAAGUACCAGCUACACCUGCACGAGAGCUGCGUUCUCUCCCUCAAAUUUGCCCACUGUGGUAAAUGGUUUGUGAGCACUGGGAAGGACAACCUACUGAAUGCCUGGAGAACACCUUAUGGAGCCAGUAUAUUUCAGUCGAAGGAGUCUUCCUCGGUCCUGAGCUGUGACAUCUCCGUGGAUGACAAAUACAUCGUCACCGGCUCUGGGGACAAGAAGGCCACCGUGUACGAAGUUAUCUACUAGAGAGGGACUCCACCGCGCUCAAUGCACUUUGCGAGGAGCUUUUUAUUGUGUUUUCAGGGCUGUUCAUCUCCAGACUCAGCGUGCUGAUCAGUGCUGAUCUCUCUGAAAGCCAAACGUUUCCCCAGCACUGCAGCCUGCCCUCCCCCUGCACCCCUCAGAGAGCGGCCCAAUGAGGGAGGGAGGACCAGUGCUGGAGAGAACAGCUCAACACCCUCCCUGCGCUGAGGGACACAGACAGGCGGACGGAUGCUGCAGACAGUCUUCGGCUGUGUAACGGGGAUUAACUGGACACUGAGCAGCCAAACCCCCCAGGACCUGCACUGGAGUUCUACACUGGACGCGCUUUGAGAAUCUUUCUGAAAGACACUGUAUCCCUCUGCCACUCGUAUGUAAAUAAGGCCCCUUCUCUCCGCAACGACCCGCGCAUCGUGUGUGCAUCCGCUGGUGUACAGUGCCUUCGCUGCAGCAGGGGGGCUGGUCGGUACGGGCAUCACUGUGUAUCGCGCUGGUGUAGGUGUCCCGUCCAUCCGAUGGCAAAUUCUAGAGCGCACUGACAGCCUUACACACACACACACACACCCGUACACGCCCGUUCUCACCUGUGCUCCGCCCCAGAACCGUGACAAGGCCAUAGGGGUCCGGAAUGUGACCUCGUUCUGUUCCUGCGUCAGGGCGUGGCCGGGGGGGGGGGUCACGUGACCCCGUCUCAGCGCCGGAGUUGUAGAGGGAGCGUGACUCAGUGCUCAGGAAGAACGUUGUUGCGCCGCUACACAGACACGGUAAAAACGACCUCCGUCCCGCUGUGGGAACGCCCGCCCCGUCCACGCCGCUGUCCCGCGUUCGGCAGCUGGAGGGCGCUGUAGAGCGCAGAAAACACGGCGCUCCGCUUCGUUAGCGUCACUUAGCGACGACCCAUUAGCACCUGCUCCAGUCUCACAAGACGCGGUCCACUGGAGCGUUCUCUCGAGCGUCCGUGCGUGGGUCAGCGGUCCGGUGCGGUUCACGCGACCCUCCGCCUCCCGUCCUGUGUUUACCCGCCGAAAAAUACUCAUUCUGGGACGUCAGAAAAAGGUUUAUACAAUAACAGGUUGUACAUAACGAAAACCUCAGCCUUCCUUUUGGACAACGUACAUGAAUGUAUACAUGCAUACGUGUGUGUACAUGUCCAUGUAUGCAUAAGUAUGUACUGUAUAGCUGUGUGUGCAUAUGUGUGAUGCAGUGAUCAAUUUAAAUGAUUUCAUGAAAUUUUAAGAAAUGCUUCUUCUUUUUCUCUACACGACGGAAUGGAUUCAAUAGGGGGAACUAACCACUGUCUGAUUUUAAAAUGGUGGCUUUUCAAAGUGGCUACCUGAAGCUUCGCAGCUAUGAAAGCGGGCGAGAGAGCAGCUCUUAGAAAGAGACAGAACAAAAGUAAUGUUUUUAAAGUGCCUGUAAUUACAGAACAGGCUUAGAGAGUGGAGUGAUACACUGGAUCUGAUAGCACACUGUACAUCACCCACACCUCCCAGAUCACAUCGUUUCUAUUGGCCACUCUAUAACUCCGCCUGGCAUAACCCCUCCCCCUUAUAUAACCCCUCCCAUUUCCAUUGCCCCUCCUCCUUUAUUAACCACUCCUCCUUCUAUAACUCCUCCUCCUGGAGGAGGGGUUGGAGUCAGACAGGCGGCACUGUGGUUAGCACGUGACCAAUGGCAGGAGUGGAAAAGGAUGAUGAGAUGAUGAUGUGUCUAUUGUGAGGUCAGUGUGAUUGACGCACGCUCCAACACCUGUCGGAUAUCAUACCUGCAUUACGAGCUGAAUAGUGCGGGGGUAAAAAAAAACUGCAACUGCUAUUCUCGUCUUCAAAGGACCGUCUGAGAAUAACUGAGGUGAAAUAUGUAUAACAGAUGUACAUAAACAAUGUUCUUUUUGUGUAUUCGUUUACAGGAGAAUAUGUAAUCAAAGCAAAAUGUUCUGAGAAGCCCUGUCUCUAACCGUUCACUGCAUAGAACAUGACGAUUGGUGUAAACGAUGUUACCUGGAGUCAUGUUUAGAUCUCUGGUUUUCUACUGUAUGUAACAAACUCUUAAAGACCUCACAGAGAGCUCCUGCCUCAGCUUUGGUAUUGAAUAGUCAAGACACUAUUUUAUAAAUGGAGAAAAACAUGUACGCUUAUAAAUGAAACUACCUGUUGCUAGUUGUUACUGUUUCUUUAAUACAAAAUGCAUUUUGUCUGUUUUUUCUAGUCUGUGUCUAAAUUUAUUAAAAUCCUGUGCAGAGAUA